AAUCUUCUCAACUGAUGACGUGUGCUUUGCACAAAAAUCCCCUUGUUUUCAGUUUCACAAUAAAACCGGAUAAAGGUAUUCCUCUAUAAACCGAGGGUAUUUUUUGUGUGGAUUGUGUCUUGAAACAUAAAGGAAAAUGGAAACAUUGUACCAUCAAACAAAUAAGCAAAUACAGGAGGUGCAGUCGCUCAUGGGACGCCUGGAGAACACAGAUCGUCAGUCUGUCCACUUGUUGGAGAACGAGCUGCAGGCCAGAAUCGACCAGAUCUUCAGCCAUUUGGAACGUCUGGAAAUCCUGGCUAGCAAAGAACCGCCAAACCGCCGUCAGAACGUCAAACUGCGGGUAGACCAGCUGAAGUAUGAUGUUCAGCACCUCCAGACGGCGCUGAGGAACUUCCAGCACCGUCGCUACUCACGAGAGACCCAGGACCGAGAGAGGGAGGAGCUCAUGAGUCGUACCUUCACCACCAACGAUGCAGACACCUCCAUCCCCAUAGACGAGACGUUGCAGUUAAACUCCAACCUGAACAACGCACACAGAGGCAUGGACGACCUCCUGGGCAGCGGCAGCAGCAUCCUCACCGGACUCCGGGACCAGAGGGGGACGCUCAAGGGAGGAGAAGAGAUGGUGUUCCUGGUGAAGGCUGCUGUGGGCCUCCUGUUAUCAGGGCGUCUGGUGAUCAGAUGGGCUGGCCGUGAGAAACAGCUGAGGGACAGACCGGGAGGACAGAAUGGCUGGGUGUGGUUCCUCAGACAGCCUCUCCCUAAUCAGGGACCCACAAGAAGAUGCUGGAUGUGGCCAACAUGCUGGGUCUGUCCAACACGGUGAUGAGGCUGAUCGAGAAGAGGGCCACCCAGGAUAAGUUCAUCAUGAUUGGAGGGAUGCUGCUCACCUGUGUGGUCAUGUUCCUGGUGGUCAAGUACCUGGGCUGACCAUGACCGCAACUGCCACCACAGUUUUGCGUUGGUCUUGGACAUUUUUGCACAAUAAGCCCAUAAGAUCUGUGAACGGUGAUAAAACAGGCUCGUCUUCUAAUCGGAGAGCUCCCUGAAAGUAUUGGUUCCGAUCGGAAGGCGAGGAAUGAUCCCUCUUUUAAUUUCCAUGGGUUUUGUCACCCACUUCUAUUUCAACCACUCUUUGUUUGCACCAGGUAAAUGGGUGUUAAGCAAGACAUAUACACUGAGUGUACAACACAUUAAGGAUGCCUUCCACCUUUUGCCCUCAGAACAGCCUCAGUUCAUCUGGGCAUGGACUCUACGAGGUAUUGAAAGCGGUCCACAGGGAUGCUGGCCCAUGUUGAUUCCAAUGCCUCCCACAGUUGUCAAGUUGGCUGGAUGUCCUUUGGACGGUGGACCUUUAGUGACGCACACGGGACGCUGAUGAGCGUAAAAACAGCGUUGCCGUUCUUGACACAAACCAGUGCGCCCGGCACCUACUACCAUACCCUGUUCAAAGGCACUCUUUUGUCUUGCCCAUUCAGAGAGUGGCACACAUACAAUCCAUGUCUCAAGGCUUACAUUUAAAAAAAAAAAAAUCCAUAUCCUCCAUUUAUACUGAUUGAAGUGGAUUUAACAAGUGACAUCAAUAAUGGAUCAUAGCUUUCACCUGGUCAACCUGUUAUGGAAAGAGCAGGCGUCCUUAAUGUUUUUGCACUCAAUGUCUAUACUUUAAUUUGACUUCAAACUGAACAACGUGGAACCUUGCAUCCAUAACUCCAGCUCGCCGACACCUGCCACUCAUCCACCUGACGGCCUGUGUGUGAAGCCGUAGGUGGGUGAGAUAGAGAACAUUUCAUGACUGGCUACCUUAUUUCAAACUAAUUCUCCUUCAAGGUCCAUUUCCUUGCCUUAGUCUCCCCUAUAAUGAGUUCUCCAUUGCCUUGCCUUAGUCUCCCCUAUAAUGAGUUCUCCAUUGCCUUGCCUUAGUCUCCCCUAUAAUGAGUUCUCCAUUGCCUUGCCUUAGUCUCCCCUAUAAUGAGUUCUCCAUUUCCUUGUGGUGGUUUCAUCUUCACCAUCUAUUUGAAGCAUUAUUUGACUGUUUGCUGCUCUUUUCCCCAAAAAUGGACAGAAAAAAAGUUCUGGAAAUGGAUGAAAAGCUGAUGUUGCACCUCAUCACACAUCCUAGUGACACUGCCUGGAGAACACUUAUGUCAGAUGAACCAAUACAUGUAUGUAGCCCAGGGAGGAAGAGGGCAGUUAACAGGGACCUGUGCACAAGCUACAGACCGAUUAGUAAGAACAAAAACACAAAAGUGAUGAAAUAUUCUGCUUGUCAUGUUUUCAGAAACUAUCUAUACAAGGUGUAUUGUCGUCACACUUUCAAAAUGUAAAUUGUCUGGACAUUUGCUUGGCCCUAGUCUCACUAUGUUAGUGCAACCAAGGUUCAAAUUGUAAUUCUCUGAAGAUCAAAAAUUAAACAUUUUAAAAACAA